AUGCGGAUAUUGCUUUCCUGCUUCCAAAUCGAUCUCCAGCUGUUGCGGUCUCGGAGUAUGGCAGUCCAUCAAGUCUUCUCGUACGUAUCCAACCUCAUCUUCGCCUCUUGUCCAAGUGGAUACAGCGCAUGGUCAUUUGCCAAAAUGACGCUGAUUUUGGGUGAGAUGGAGCAGAGGAUCAGACUCGAAGCUCUUCGCCUCACAGUCGUGACAUGA